AUGGGCAAUGAUGAUGAUGAUGAUGAGGAUGAGGAUGAUAGUGAAUGGAAGAAUGAUGAUGAUAGUAAAUGGAAGAAUGAUGAUGAUAGUAAAUGGAAGAAUGAUGAUGAGAGGAAAGAGAAAUAUGAUAAGUCUUCAAUGAAAGUAUUGGUGGAAUACAAUCAUCAGGUUGGAGUAAAUAUUCCACCGCCUAACCACUUUAUUUAA